GCACUGCAGAAGGUCAGAGAGGGAAGAAGAGGAGAGAGGCAAAGACACAGAGAGGCAGAGGGAGAGACAGGGGUGGGGUGCUUGGAUGUAUAUGAACAUGCCGAGAGGAGAGUGUGUGGACGAGCGAUGACAGCCAUGCUGAGCCCAAAGAUCAGACAGACCAGGAGAGCCAGGUCCAAGAGCAUGGUGAUGGGUGAAGUGUCACGGGGCCCAUGCCGGCCGGCCUCCCCCAGCCUCCAGGAGGGGGCGCUGAAGGCUGGUUGGCUGAAGAAACAGCGAAGCAUCAUGAAGAACUGGCAGCUGCGCUGGUUUGUGCUGCGCUCAGAUCAGCUCUUCUUCUACAAAGACGAGGAGGAAACCAAACCACAGGGCUGUAUACCUCUGCAGGGAUGCCAGGUGAACGAGCUCACAGCUAAUCCGGACGAACCAGGAAGACACCUUUUUGAGAUUGUACCAGGUGGAACAGGAGAGAAGGACCGUGCACCAAUCAGCCAUGAAUCCUUCCUGCUCAUGGCAAACUCCCAGACAGACAUGGAUGACUGGGUCAAGGCCAUACGGCGGGUCAUCUGGGCGCCGUUUGGAGGAGGGAUAUUUGGUCAGCGUUUGGAGGACACGGUCCAGUAUGAGAAGAAGUUUGGUCCCCGGCUAGCUCCCCUGCUGGUGGAACAGUGUGUUGACUUCAUCAGGGAGAGGGGUUUGGAUGAGGAGGGUCUCUUCCGGAUGCCAGGACAGGCCAACUUGGUCAAAGAGCUGCAGGAGUCCUUUGACUGUGGCGACAAGCCUCUGUUUGACAGUAAUACAGACGUCCACACGGUGGCAUCCUUGCUAAAACUUUACCUCCGAGAGCUGCCUGAACCAGUCAUUCCCUUCUCCAAAUACGAAGAUUUUCUAACCUGUGCACAGCUUUUGGCCAAAGAUGAGGAGGAGGGGGUCCAGGAGCUUGGAAGGCAAGUUAGUACUCUACCUCUACCUAACUACAAUCUCCUCAAGUACAUAUGCAAAUUCCUUGAUGAAGUCCAGUCCCACUGUAACGAGAACAAGAUGAGCGUCCAGAACCUCGCCACUGUAUUUGGACCAAAUAUUCUUCGACCCAAGAUGGAGGACCCAGUCACUAUCAUGGAAGGCACCUCUCUGGUCCAGCACCUGAUGACAGUCCUCAUUAGGGAACACAUCCGUCUGUACUCAGAGAGGGACCAGGAAGGACCUGGCACACCCCAAACAGAGCUCCCGGUUCAGGGGCAUCAGCUCCAGCAUCGCAGUCUGGGUGCCUGGAUCUCAGAAGAAGACCUCCAGAGCUGCCCAGUCUCCAACCCUGACCAAGAACUGCACAGCAGCGCCUCAUCCCUUGAUGCCAAACUGUGUGCAGCAGUCACUCCCGCCCAGACCCCAAACCUGAACUCUGGAUCAAAACUGGGGUCUUCAUCAGGGAAAGGAGAGACACUGGUCAGCCCGAGCAAACAAGCCAAGACUAUUCCUUCCUGGAAAUACUCUUUCAAAAGUUCCUCUGCGCCUCGUUCCCACACGCAGGCCAAGCAAAGCAGCAGCGGCAGCUCUGUGGCCGAUAUCACUAGUGUGUCUUCUGGUGGAGGUGGAGGUAACUGGCUCAUGAAUGGUUUGUCCUCCUUGAGGGGACACCGACGCACGUCGUCAGGCGAGCGGUCUGCCCGUGAUCGUGACUCCACUGGCUCUUCGCAGAGACUGUCCACCUAUGACAACGUCACCUCUUCCUCUAGCAUGGGGAGUGUUCCCAGUGUGGCCAGCACACCUUGGUCCACUUCCUCCUGCGAAAUCUCCGUCCCUGACUCGGGAAGUGAGCCCUCAGCGAGCCAGAACUGCGGAAUAGAGGUUGACAGUGGGGAAAAGGGGGAGAGCAAGAGGGAGACCGAAGGAGGGAGGGAUGGAGGGAUGACAACAGACCCAAGCUCUGAGCAGGACAGCUGUGAGGCUAUGGAGCUGUGCAGUAGCAGUGCAGCCUGUAGUGAGAAUGGAAACACGGCCACGGCAGCCCAGGUGCCCUCCAUUGUCAUGUCCGAAGAUGGAGACGGAACAAAUCUAUCACUGAGCAGCUUGGUGGAGGGACUAAAGGAUGAGUUGAGGAAGCAGAAGACUUCAUACGAGGCCAGGAUCCAAAAACUGGAGGAGUCUAGUGCUGCUCUGUGUGCACAGAUGGAGCGACUGGAACAGGAGAUGGAGCAGGAAAGGAAGAAGCAACGGAUGCUGGAGAUCAAACUUCGCAACUCUGAGCGGGCAAGGGAGGAUGCAGAGAACCGCAACCGGCUUCUGGAGAAGGAGAUGGAGGAUUUCUUUUCCACACUGGGAGAUCUGGCCUUGGGUGCAAGGACUAGUGACAUUUGACACGGCAAGUCCACCCAUCUGUCUGUGGCCAAAACUGUCAGGGUUUAGUGUCUUACAAGGGCUCACGUCCUGCUCAGUGCAUCAGGACAUUCCUUCAAAAGAACAGUAAUACAAGAAAGUAAAGGAACCUGAGCUACUGUGUACACUUAAGACAAACUUGAAGUAAACUAUGAAGGAUGCAAAUAUCAAACUGGGACUGACUGUUUCUAUCCAUUUAGCAUUAAAUGUUUUUGACUUUCUCACGCAUGCUUGAAAUGGAACGUAAAGAUAAGAUGGCACUCUUGUGAUUACACUCCUUGAUGAAUCCAGGGUUAGUCUUGUGAAGGCAGUUUGGGUGCCUGUAUGUGAUUGGUGGAACAUGAUGUUAUUUCUCUGACAUUCUCUAUACUGGAGAGCACUGACUUCUUCAACCACUAUUUUACAAGGACAUUACAAGACGCGAUAAAGACAUUAGUGUUGAAAGCAGACUGAACUGAUAUUUGUCUUCAUCUGAAGGAAUAAUGUUACAUUUUGGUAAAUACAUUUAUUUGCUUUUAUUUGAUACCACUCUCAUGUCUGUAUAUGAAGCUAACUAAAAGGUUAUGUCUUGUUUACUUAUGAAAAUAGUCAUUUUUAAAAAAAAAAAAAAAAAAAAGCUACAAGCUGCAGUUUUAUGG